AUGUUUGCAGCAUAUUUGCUAGGCAGAACUGCUCCUAUCAGUAGUAUGAGAUAUGAACUGAGAUCUCCCAUACCCAUUGCUUUUGCCUUUGCCAUGGUGGGGAAAUUGAUGCACUAUAUUAGCCGAUUUCUAGUUGGCUUUGCGAUUGGGUUUUUUAGGGUAUGGCAAAUCAGUUUGGUGACAUUGUCUAUGCUCCCUUUAAUCGGUCUUGCUGGUGGCAUCUAUGCAUAUAUAACAAUUGGACUUAUUAUUAAUGUUCGCAAAUCUUAUGUCGAGGCUGGCCAAAUCGUUCAGGAGGUAAUUGGCAAUAUUAGAACAGUACAAUCAUUUACAGGAGAAGAGAGGGCAGUGAGAUCAUAUAAAGAAGCUCUAAGGGAUGCAUACAAGCACGGAAAAAAAGCUGGUUUGGCGAAGGGUCUAGGAAUGGGAACCCUGCAGAGUAUUGUUUUCCUCUCAUGGGCAUUACUUGUUUGGUAUACUAGCAUAGUUGUUCAUAAGAACAUUGCCAAUGGCGGUGACUCCUUCACCACCAUGCUCAACGUCCUCAUUGCUGGCGUGUAA